AUGGUUCAAAUUAAAAGAUUCUUUUCCAAAAUUGGAAAUAAAAUUCAUAAAAAAGGAAAUUCAUCAAAAUCAUCAAAGAAACAAACUUUAAAUAAUUUAGAAUCCGCGAAAUAUAUUCCAGUUUCAAUUCCAACAACAACAAUUAUAAAUUCAGAAACAAAAGUUUCAACUCAAUCACAAUCACAAGUUCAACGAAAUUCCGAUCUCAGAUUAAAUUUGGAAUCAAUAAUCAAAGGUAUUCAAGAGAAUAGAAUAUUAGAAGUGUUUGACAAGUUCUAUCAUCAAGAUAUUGUAAUGUAUGAGAAAGGUGAUUCAACAAAUAGAGUUGGUUUUGUUGAGAAUAGAAAAGUAGAAGAAGGUUUCUCAAGUAAUGCCACUGUACAUGAAGCAAAGGUUUUGAAGAUCAUUGUUGAUGGUGAUAAUACUGCGUAUGAAAUGUAUAUGGAUUUCACAUAUGGUGGAAACAGAAUGCAAAAGACACAAUGGGCUUUCCAACAAUGGAAAGAUAAUAAAGUUAUAAAAGAAGAAUUCUUUUAA